AUGGCGUGUUUGAUACGUACAGUUUUUCCCAGAAAGGUGGAUGAUUCCAAUGGAUUAUGUUCGCCUAAUAAGGAUGCUAACAUGCCUCUAGAAGAAAUACCAAUGGAGGAGUCUGUCAGAAAUAUUUUAACUGAGGAACAAAUAUAUGAUGAUGAAUGGUCAAUUAGUAGAAAUAAAUGCUACUUUAUUGUUCAGUUUUCUGUAUCUGAUUCGAAUAAGAUGGAACGUAUCCUUGACAAACUAGCGUAUUUCAAUAUUGGAAAAACACUUGAUUCGUCAAUUAUGGUUACAGAGCCUAUGAUAAAUGUUCAAAAACGUAAUAAAGGAGGAAAAUCCGGUGUUAUAUCUUAUUCGGCAAUUCAAAACUUUAUUGGGACUCUGAAAUCACGAUUGUGUGUUGCUCAGGUUUACAACGAGAUUAACCAACGUGGAUCGUUUGAUAUGAAUUAUUUAUGUUUCCUGCUGUGUGCAGCUAUUGUGGCGAAUAUAGCUUUGGUGACCAAUUCUGCUGGCGUUGUAUUUGCAAGUAUGCUAUUAUCGCCUUUGAUGGAUCCAAUCAUGUGCAUUCUUUUUGGUUUGAAUUUACGUGAUCGUAAUAUGACAACUAAGGGUAUUCGCAACACAUCGAUUUCACUAAUCAUCUGUGUUAUGAUUGGACUAACGUUCGGUUAUGUGGCACAUGCAAUUAGUGCUUUCCAAGAUGUUACACCAUAUCCCACAAACGAGAUGGUUCAAAGGGGUGAACUAAGGUCUUUUAUUGGAUCAAUGCUUGUAGCAGCAUUCUCUGGCGUUAGUGUUUCUUUCGCCAUACUAAGUAAGCGACUAUCAGCUUUAAUUGGGAAUGCGAUAUCGCUUUCAUUGUUACCGCCAGCAGUUAACUGCGGUCAUUUGUUAUUACUCUCUCUUCUGGCCAUCUCCACCGGGGAAAAACGUGAGUAUGAAACAACAACAGAUGUGGAGUCGAAUGUUACAGCUACAUUGCAUUAUUGUACAUAUCCAUGGAUUCGACAAUACGAAUUUAUCUAUAUGAGAAAUCAUUGCAAUGCUCCUUUGGAAUUCCUUUACGUUGGUUUAUCAAGCUUUUGUCUUGUAACAAUGAAUAUCAUGUUAAUUCUAGUUACUGGAUAUACGGUGAAUAAGAUCAAAAAUUUGGUCCCACUUUCGUUUACAAAUGAAAUCACUCGGAGAUUUUAUCAAAAAGAUUUACGAGAGGUUCGUGAAAAUUAUAAAUGUCUGCAUAAAUUUGAUGCAGCUGGUUUAGCCACUUAUGCAUAUAAUGAAUAUUUACGUCUGAAUAAAAUUAAUACACACGAUGAUGAGCUAACAAACUUGGACAUUGAAGAUGCUGAUCAGAUUGCCAGUGAAUUUCAUACAAUUAUGAAGGAUCUCAAAAAAGAUCCCUAUCUACAGACUAUUACUGCAGAAACAACCCAAGGUGAUAACAGCUUCUUGAAAAGAUUUAUGGAGAAAUCUGACGAAUUAUCAUCAAGAAGCGCCGUGAAACGAGUAAAAAAGCGCCAUACAUUUUGUUAUCCCGAUAAAAAGUCUAUGGUGUCUCAAGAUGAAGCAGUUGGCAAUAAUAUUAAUAGCACUACAAAUAUUAAUAAAACUAUUAACAUUACCAGUCGUCCUACGUUUGUCAGUAAACAUAUCAACAGUAACACUUGUCAUAAUCUUGACAACAAAAGUAAUAAUAAUGUUACACGAGUAAAGUUAGCGUCUGAAACUAGACUCUCAAGUUUCACUAAUGAAAAUCUAAAAACAAAUGAUGUCCAGUUUUCACCAUUAAUUGAAAAGGGAAAAUAUAGAAAAUGUCCAAUGAUAAAUGAGAUUGCAGGAUCGAAAAUGAGAACUUCCAGUUCUACAGGAAGAUUUGAAGUGGUAUCUGUAGAAUGUCAAUCUGAAUCUAUAUAUGGUCCAGAACAAGAUGAUAAGGGCGAAAACAACACUAUGUUGAGAAGAAACAUUUGA